CAGAGCAAGUCGUUUCCUUGUGAAAAACAAGUUAAAGGAGGGUGAAACUGUGUUUGCGUCCUGCUCUGUGUCUCACUCCUGCCCUGCUUCUCCUCCUGUCUUCAACUGGAGUCACUCAGGAGAGAACGUUUUCCAACAGAAGCAGCUCAAUGCUGGCCAAUGGAAAGCAACUUCUACUCUGACUUUAACCCUACACAUGUUGAUCAUGAGAAGAAUUUACAAUGCUCCGUGAGAUACAAGGGAGGGAAGCACCAGACCGAAUCCAAGAAGCUCAACGUGAAGUAUGCCCCGGUGAAUGUGAAGGUUGAGUACAAGUCAGAAGUUAAGGAGGGGGAAUCUGUUCGGAUGGAAUGCUCCAGUGAUGCUAACCCCCCAGCCAGCUAUGAGUGGCAUAAUGAAACUGGUGCUCAGCUGUUUCAUGGGAAGGUCUACACGCUGCACAAUGCCUCCAGACAUACAGGAGCUCUCUACUGUACUGCCAUUAAUACAAUAGCACGAAACAAGUCAAGCCCUGUGCAGCUCAAUGUGUUACAUGCCCCUGAGAUUGAACAUAUGGCAGCAGCAAAAGCUAUGAACAUAUGGCAGCAGCACUUUCAGUCCACGCAUCCUAUAAGCAAAUGUGUUCACAACUUCAGCUGUGAAGAAGGCAUAGAGGAAGCUGCUUAUCACCCUAGCUGA